UCCCUUACACCACCUGGGUGAACCACCACUCAUCACCAACAUUGCCAGUGGAUUCUUUCCCAUUCUUGGCAGCUUUACCCAUCAGGGCAGGGGGAGAGAAGGAGGCAGCCACCAGGGCUGUCAGAGGUGACAAGGCUUCAGGUUGGACUUGAAUUUCUUGCAUCUGAGCUAAUUGCUGUGGUGAUGCAUCCACUUAUAAAAAUUACAGCGUGGCUCACCCAGGGACCUAGAUUUGUUGCAAGCUGUGGGAGGGAGGAGAGUUCUUCUUCCAGGUGGUUUCCUGUAGACUGCCUGCUAGGGCUCAGAGGACCAGCUUCCUCCUGCUGUCUCCUGAGCCCACUCCCUCUUGGCCAUCACAUCCUCCUGCCCUAUGGCGGCCCUCACAGACCUCUCAUUUAUGUACCGCUGGUUCAAGAACUGCAAUCUGGUUGGCAACCUCUCGGAGAAGUACGUCUUUAUCACAGGCUGUGACUCUGGCUUCGGGAACCUGCUGGCCAAACAGCUAGUUGAUCGGGGCAUGCGGGUGCUGGCUGCUUGCUUCACUGAGGAGGGAGCCCAGAAACUUCAGCAGGAUACCUCCUAUCGGCUGCAGACCACCCUACUGGAUGUCACCAAGAGUGAAAGCAUCAAGGCGGCGGCCCAGUGGUUGAGGGACCAAGUGGGCGAGCAAGGCCUCUGGGCCCUGGUGAACAAUGCUGGUGUGGGCCUGCCCAGUGGUCCCAACGAAUGGCUGACCAAGGAGGACUUUGUGAAGGUGAUUAAUGUGAACCUGGUGGGACUGAUCGAAGUGACCCUUCACAUGCUGCCCAUGGUCAAGAGAGCCCGGGGCAGGGUUAUCAACAUGUCCAGCUGUGGUGGUCUUGUGGCCGUCAUUGGUGGUGGCUACUGCGUCUCCAAGUUUGGCGUUGAGGCCUUCUCUGACAGCAUCAGGCGUGAGCUCCACUACUUUGGGGUAAAGGUCUGCAUCAUUGAGCCAGGGAACUACCGGACAGCCAUUCUGGGCAAGGAGAACCUGGAGUCACGCAUGCGAAAGCUUUGGGAGAGGCUGCCUCAGGAGACCCGGGACAGCUAUGGAGAGGAGUAUUUCCGUAACUAUACUGACAAGUUAAAAAACAUAAUGCAGGUGGCAGAGCCCAGAGUCAGAGAUGUCAUCAACAGCAUGGAGCAUGCUAUUGUUUCCCGGAGCCCUCGCAUCCGCUACAACCCUGGCCUGGAUGCCAAACUCCUCUACAUCCCCCUGGCUAAAUUGCCCACCCCUGUGACAGAUUUCAUCCUGAGCCGGUACCUUCCAAGGCCAGCGGACAGUGUCUAAACUGGGGAGGCUCAAUGGGUCAGUGGAGCCUAGAAGUGGGGGUGGAAGGAAGGACUGUGGGGUCACAAAAGGUGGUAUCAGAUAUCCUGGGGACACUGGCUGCAAAGGACGCUUGGCUCAGCUGACACCCACUGCUGUCGAAUUUACCAGUAACUUCUAACAGAAGAUGAAUGCCUCUUCCCACCCUCUGGGACCACACAGAAACCUGAGGUGGUGUUUGCAAGUUCAGCGAUCUGCAGCAAUGGCUCCAAGGACAUCUGUCACCCAGUCAGGAUAUGGCUUUUUCUGGUCUUGGAAAAGUCAUGGAGAAGAAAACCAGCUCCUGAGGAAUCAUGAGCCCCUUUCAGUUAUCACUGCCACUGAGAAAUACUGUGGGAUAAUCUUGCCUCCAGGAGAAUCUAACCACCUUCCUACUGGGUCCCUCAAUAUGCAUGACUUCAUUCACAUAACCCAUCACUGAAGUACAUAGUAGGGCAGAUAGGGAGUGCAAGAUUACAUCAGACAAAAGUUUAAAAUAUUUUCUCUCUUUUUAGAUUCUUCUAUCUAUAGGUGAUUGGGAUCCACAUGAAAUAACAUUCAUUUAUUUAAUCACCAUUGAGUAAUUUUUCAAAUAUUUAUUGAGCACCUACUACCUACCAGGCACUUUGUAGGUGCUGGGGGAAUAUAAAGAUGAUUAAACCAUG